UCAGGACGAUGGUUUUAUGGCGUCAUUCAUUGUGUCAAAGGACAAGCUUACUUCUCACAGUUAUACAAUAGGUUACUGUGUUGGUGACAGAGACAGUGCGAAGUUUAAAGGCGCUCACUCACAUUUGCACUGCGUGAACACUUGAGAAAAUGGCUAGCCUACAUCAAUUUGUUACGGCCUAAGGGAUUCAGUUCGAUUGACAUACCCUGUCUAUCGACGCGCUGAGGCAUUCAGGGACUUACCGGAAACCAAACUUUUUCUUCAAACUUGUUUCGUAGCUGAGUCGAACGCGUCGAAAGAGGAAAGAAAGAGACAAGACCGUUCCGCGUCCAAACUUUUACAGUUCCUUAUUUUCUUCCUCAUAUUCGAGUCAUGUUGGAUAAUAGUUGGUUGCUGUCUAAAAGAAGUGAAAUACUGACUUUUUGUCAAGAAUAACGGCCGCCUUCGAGUGUUAUUCCUCCACACAUAGUAUAACGGAUAUUCGUUUUUAUCAUGGAAGACGAAGUGAAAGAGGACCCCACCAGGCCCAACGAGGACCCCACCAGGCCCAACGAGGACCCCACCAGGCCCAACGAGGACCCCACCAGGCCCAAAGAGGACCCCACCAGGCCCAACGAGGACCCCACCAGGUCCAAAGAGACCAUGUCCACAUGGAAGGCCGGUUGGGUGAAAAAGGCCUCAGGCAGAUUCCUGGCCAGCUAUAAGGACCGCUACAUCCAGGUGGAGAGGACAGAGCUUGUGGUGUACGAGAAUGAGGACCUUGCGACCUACUUGGAGAAAGUGGACCUGGAAAACUACGAUAAGUGUCACGAGUUGAGGAGCGCCUUCAUGAAGAAGAAUAGACUGGUGUUGAUACGAGCAGCCAAAUCAGGGAAUAAGGUCCAUGAUGUCAAGUUCCAGGCUCAGAACCCGGAGGAGAAGGUGGCUUGGAUUAAGGCCUUUAGUGACGGCAUCAACAGAGCAAAGAAUAAGAUAUUUGACGAGGUGAAGGUGGAUGAGACCAGUCAGUUGGAGCACGCAACACGCACAAGGCCGAAAGGAAACCGUAACAGAAGACCACCGACCAGGAUACACAUGAAAGAGGUUGCCAACGUCUCAUCAGACGGCAUUCUCCGGCAUGACCUGGACGUGGUGGAUGCCAGCAUCCCCAACGGGACACACCAGAUCACCACAGACACCACUGAGACUCCCAAAAAGUCUGUGAAGCCCCCCAUGCCCCCCACGUCCAAACCCAGCGAGGCCCCAGAGGAGUGUCAGACCACCCAGAGCCCUGACGAAGGUCUGCCAUCUGAAACGGAGCCCAGUCCCCAGAAGGUCCUGAAGCCCCCCAUGCCGCCCUCCAAAGAGGCCGAGACGGCUGCUGCUUCUGCAGGGGACCAACUGCCUGAUGAGACUAGCACUGACAGAAGCCCAGAGAAAAAGGUCCUGAAGCCUCCUAUGCCGCCCUCCAAAGAGGCCAAGCCCACAGCGUCUGCCGAGGACCAACCACCUGGGGAGACCAGCCCUGAGAAAAAGGUCCUGAAGACGCCCAUGCCCCCCUCCAAAGAGGCCAAGCCCACUGCUCCAGCCGGAGACCAACCCCCCAGGAACACCAGCCCCGAGGGCAGCCCAGAGCAGGGCUUCGAGUCAGCACCACCGCCCACCCCUCCCGGCAAACCAAUCGGCGGCUCCACAGACAACCUGGCCGAGGCCUCCCAAUCCAGCCAGGAACACAGGCCGCCCACCCCACCAUCCAAAGACAAAAAGCCCACUCAGACAGCCGUGCAGGAGAGUACAGAGGAGGCUAAUGGGAUGAGGAAGAAAGGUGAAGAGGAUAAAGUAGACGAGAAGGAGGAAGAGGGUUCUGAAACGAUUGCAUCUGACGUUCAACAAAGCAGUAUCCUUGAGGGGGCUGAGGAUGAGGAGGAGUCUCCUUCCUCUCAGCUUACAACACCCAUGACCCCACUAGAGGUCAAAGUUGAAACCUCUGUGACUGACCACCCAGAGGUCACCACCACCACCACCAUAGAAGAAGAGACGCAGAAAGUUGCCAAGCCCAUGGCUCAAGAACAAGAGUCUGCCCCUAGUGGUGGAGUGGAUAUAUCCCCCAAUGAAGAACCUCAGACAAUGAAGUCUUCCCAACUCACAGUAACGCCGUCAGUUCAGACACCGGAGCCAAUCAAAAAGAGCCCUGGCCCUCCCGGACCUCCCACAAAGAAGAAGCCUGUCGUCCUCCCUCCUCCCAAAGCAGUGGUGGUGGCUCAAGACGUCCACCUAAGCGAGCCUAAGAACCAAGCGACAGACAAAACCAAGAACAUCAUCAUCAACACCACACCAGGAGAGAAACUCAACUCUAUCACUUCACCAACACCAGCCGUGGUGACCACAACCAGUCCGACUGAAGAAACAGAGGACCUGAAAGUUCCUGUGGUCGUUGAGACUAAGUCUGAGUUCCCAGUCGUAGUUCUCUCUCUGAGUGACCCUGAGCCAGACAGCUCCUGCUCCAGCCCCGUGUCCUGCCACCUCUCCCCGGAAAAGAAGAGUGAGCGUGAAGAGGAAAAGUCAGUCGACAGCGGCCAACACUCGGACAUCGAUGUCGAUGAAGAAUGGUCAGAGAGCAGGGACACUUUGGCAGCCUCCACCGCUGCCCUAAUGGGCAGCCAAGCUGGCCUGGACGCGCUGAUGGAUGAGAGUCAAGACGGAGACACGGAGACCCCCGGCAGCUUGGGACUCAGCACUGUGGAGGACUGCCCUUCUACGACCCAGACGCCCCAGGACAAUCACUCUGGCCUACACUCCACCUUCCUCCAGGUGAGGGUCAGUCAGGCCUCCCAUUGUCCCCCCAUCCCCUUCAAACCCUUAGCCAAGCUCAUGUCCACCUCUUUGGGGGAUCUCCUCUCUGAGGCCUCAUUGGGUGAAAACAUGAAACAGCCAAUCACAGACGUGGCCGUGACAAAGGCCACCGUGGGUCCUCAAAACUUAACAGAUCUUGAAAAUGAAGUGGCCCUGGAGCUGGAAAAUACAGAGGAGCUCCUGGGGAGCGUCGUCCCCAAAGGGAGCACCGAGGUUGGGCAGAACUCGGCCCUAGUGGGGGGCAAUAGCCUGGAGGACAGGUCGCCGGAGGAGCUGCUAGCCAGAGCCAUGGAGAAGCUGAGGAAAGCAGACCAGUUCCUCAGGCAGGCCAAGUGUAUAAAAGACUCAAAACAUUCUGAGAAUACUGCCAAGAGAAACAGCUGGUGAUUGUUAAAUAUGAAGGAGAAGUAAGGAAAAUGUAUUGAUUAAUGGUGAUGGAAAGUAGUAGCUUGGAAGAACGACAGGUGUUUUCUUAUUCUGGCUGAUUAUGCAGCAUAUUUAUGCAAGUGUUCUGCUGAGAUUUAGCUAAGUGCAAUUUUUUCAACUUUCACUUUUCUCCUGCAAAUGGAGGUUGAUUGUACUUUUUGUACUUAAAAAUGUAUUUUACAUUCCACAUUGAUCAUCAUCACUUUCCCAAGGACAUUUACUUGAAUACUUACAACCCCGAUCAAACUUUUUAAUGAUACGUUUUAGGAUGUUUCAAAAUGACGUAAGUCUUAGGGGAUGUCGGAAGAGCCUGCAACUCUUUGUAAUCCACGUUUUGAAUGGAUACAGAUUGGUUUCCUCUGUAAUCCUGCCAAUCAAACCAUGAGGACAUUUGAAGUAAUCAUGUUUAUGUAGUUGUAGUAAUCAUGUAUGAGGUGGGUUGUGUUUAUGUAGUUGUAGUAAUCAUGUAUGAGGUGGGUUGUGUUUAUGUAGUUGUAGUAAUCAUGUAUGAGGUGGGUUGUGUUUAUGUAGUUGUAGUAAUCAUGUAUGAGGUGGGUUGUGUUUAUGUAGUUGUAGUAAUCAUGUAUGAGGUGGGUUGUGUUUAUGUAGUUGUAGUAAUCAUGUAUGAGGUGGGUUGUGUUUAUGUAGUUGUAGUAAUCAUGUAUGAGGUGGGUUGUGUUUAUGUAGUUGUAGUAAUCAUGUAUGAGGUGGGUUGUGUUUAUGUAGUUGUAGUAAUCAUGUAUGAGGUGGGUUGUGUUUAUGUAGUUGUAGUAAUCAUGUAUGAGGUGGGUUGUGUUUAUGUAGUUGUAGUAAUCAUGUAUGAGGUGGGUUGUGUUUAUGUAGUUGUAGUAAUCAUGUAUGAGGUGGGUUGUGUUUAUGUAGUUGUAGUAAUCAUGUAUGAGGUGGGUUGUGUUUAUGUAGUUGUAGUAAUCAUGUAUGAGGUAGUUCAUGAAAAUAUAAUUUUCUUGAGAAGUUAUUUGAAUAAAGGUUCAGAAAGUGAAUCAUUUAUCAAGUAUAAAUGAAGACAGUUCGCUGUUGUAGCUUUGGUGUUUCAUCCAUUAAAAACAGGUGCAAACUUUU